GCAGUGAUGAGCUCUUACUGUUGUCUCCUGCUUGCUAGCAUGAGUCUUUGUUGGGAGAUUUUCCAGAUUUUGCUACUUGAAAUCUGAAUAAAUAUUUGCUGCGUUUAUUUUUAGCUGCUUCCUUCAGGAUGCUUUGGUUGGUGGGAGUGAGGAUGAAGAUAAGCUGAGGCAGGAAACGGUUAAAAAAAUCCCAUCAUGCAGAACCAUUUUGGUAUUCUCAGCAUGACCUGCAUGUGUUAGAAGCCUGCAGUGACGUCACUCAGCAUCACUGGGCGAGUGGAGCGGAUGGUGAGGGGAAAAUAUAGGAGAAGAGGAGGAGGACAUCUGCAGCAACACAGAUAGAAGCAGAAAGCAGCAGCUCUGCAUCAGUUAUCUCUAGGCUCCGGCAAGAUGAAGGAGUUGCUUCGGCUCUCUUUGUCCGGAGCGUGACCAAGCUUCCUGAGCUCUAUCCGUCCCCUCUGAUCCCCCCUCCGAGCCUCCACAGCAUCCAAAGCAGCUCCUACAUCAGCCGGCAUCAUGGAUGGAUUCCGGCUGCCGCCCGUCAUCGAGGAGGUGCUCGACCCUUCUGACGAGCUGUGUGAGCUAAAGGAGGACAAACCCAUCAUGUUGGCUGAUACUCUGACGGCCAAGGAGAGGGAGUCCAUGGAGGAGAAGGAGGAGACUGAAGGAGAUGGUGAGAAGGGGCAGCAGGAGGAAGAGAUGGAGGUAAAGGAGAGGGAGUCCGAGGAUGAAGAUCAGGGAGAAGUGAUGGUUGAAGAGGCGGAGCUGGAGGAGCUGAGAGCUCAGGUGUCCCAUCUGCUCCUGGAGCUGGACGAGACACGUGAGGUUUCUCAGAGGCAUGAGGAGAGCUUUGUGGAGCUGCACGGUCUGUUAGAUGAGGAGCGGUUGGCGAGUGCACACCAGGCGGAGAGCUUCACCCGGCAGAUCCAGAGGCUUCAAGCACAGCUCCAUUCUGUCCAAGAGGAGAUGAACAGCCUCGAGGAGGAGAAGGAGAGUGAGCUGGAGGAGGUUUUGCAGGAGCUGCGCUCGGCUCAGGAGGAGGUGCUGUUGUUGCAGCAGGCGGCCGAGGAGGCGGCUGCAGAGAGGGAGAACGACAUCGCCUCCCUGCAGGAGGAGUUGUGUCGCCUGAGGGUGGAGCUGCAGCGUCUGCAAGCCACCAUUGCGGAGUACAAGCUGGAAAUCGCCACGCUGAGAGCUGAGAUGAGCAUGAGGAGCCCCAGCACGGCCGGGCCAGGUGACGUGACUCAGCUGCAGGAAGAGUUCAUUUCUCUUACAGAUGAGUGUCAGACUCUGAGCAGCAACCGCAAAGAGCUGAGCAACAAACUGGAGCAACUGCAGCAGCAACAAGGCGUGUGUGAUGACACGUAUCUGCAAGUCAGAACUAAGGGCAAAACUGAACAGACGGAGCAGCUAAAGGCAGAUUCUUACAUCACUCUGUCCCAGUCUGGACCCAAACUGCAGAAUCCGGACUCCUCAGUGGUCCAGGAUGAGAUCAGGGUCCUGAGGGUCCAGCUGAGACAGGCUGAGGAGAUGGCCCAGAAGGUCCAGCAGGAGUGUGAAGGUCUGAAGAGGGAGCUGGAGGACCUGCAGCAUCUGUAUGAACACAGCCAGCAGGAACGAGCAGCUCUGGAGCUCCAGCUGCAGAGCUGCAAGGCAGAGCUCCAGAAACUGCUGGGAAGAAAGUCGCAGAACUGCACCCGUCCUUCAGAGCCCCCUGUUCUCUCCAUCCCCUUCAUAGGAUUGAUUGUAAUAGUGGCCUUGAUUUGGUGCUGGUGGGAGGAGCUGGCGUCCUAAAGGGGACCAGAAAAGCAACUCUGAAGGCUGGAACCUGGCGGUGGCGGCGGUCGCUGUGGCGGCCAUUUUGGUGCUGGUGGUCCCCAGCUUCAGCAGGGCCUGAGGACUGACAGGAAGUGACCUCGCAGCACCGUGGGAACCUUUGGAUUGCUGUCAUCCAUCCAGCCCUGCUCUCAUUCAUGUCGCCGUCCUGAUGUCUGCAUGAUGCAACGCCACAAUAUUUUGACCGAAUGCUACUGACGUCAGACCUGGAACUGAUCACCAUCACAGCCCUGAGGCCCAAAGAGAAACUCUUUUAAUUAAUAAGUUACUAACAGCAAACCAACCACAUCACUUCUCACUUUGAGUAGAAUAUCAAAAAAGUUACAAAUAUGUAGGAUGUUUGUCUUUCAACAUAUUUAAGUCAUUCCUUGUUAUUUCUUCCUAAACUAAAGUAAUACUUUGCACUGAGAGUGACUCUGAAGACCUGUAGCAGUUCUCCUCAUACAUUGACUCUGCUACAGCCUGCUUGAUGCUUCUUCUAAUGUGUUUUUGUCUAAUGACUGAUUUUAUUCACCAGCUCUGAUUUGUAGCAUGACAUAAAAAUCGGAUUCAGUCAUCUUUUAUUUUCUCUAAUAAUACUUUUAUAAAGUGAUGAAAAAAACCAGUAUUUCUCUGUCUGUAGUAGUGCAACAUAACUAAUGUAUCUUUGAAAAACGUGGAGAUUAUUUGUUUCAGAUGAAUACACUGUGUUUAAUACCAAA